CCUCCCUAAUUGGCCCUCUAAUCCUUCUCUCUAAGGGUUUGAAUCUUGUUCAAGAUUUAUCCCCGAAACUCCCUCUAAAACUACCUACAAACCCAGUACUGAACCUCUCUCUUAAACCCAAUAACCCAUCUUCAUCAAUGGAUCCAAUGAAGAUACAGAAGCUUCACGCCAUGAACAAGUACAAGAAGAAUCGGUUUCUCAUCAACAGCCUUGUCAUCUAUUCAUUCACUGCAUUAAUAUGCAUUGCACUUUGCUCUAGCCCCUUGUGGUUUCCCUCUGUUUGUUCUUCCAUAAGGUUGUUUCUCUUCGUCUCACUCCCGAAAAUUGUGUCUGUCAUCCUUGGUCCCAAAUGCUUGUUCAUUAUCUCCAACAUUAUUGUUGCCUUCCUGGUUGGAGAAUCCAAGCUCACGGGCUCAUGCGACUCAUUACCAGCAUCCGACAUUUACGACGACUACGUUAAAAGGAACCAAAGCCUUCGACGAUCCCCCACCACGGAAGAGAAGAAAUCCUGUAGAUUUUUGACUGAAGAGACUCUGAAGAGGGUUGAGGAAGAUGGGAAUGAAGAAGAAGAAGAAGAAUAUAGAGGCGAGGAUUUGAAUGGAGAAGAAGGGUAUAGCUUGCCCGCUGAGGAAUUUAAAAGGAGGGUUGAAGAUUUCAUCGCAAGGGUCAACAAGCAAAGAAGGCUUGAAGCUCGGGAGAUAGUUUGCUGUAGUGCAUGAGAGGGAAAAAUGAAAUGAACACCCUCACCUCGGACACCUCCCUCCACUCCCUCUGGGUCCCAAUUCUCAUGGAGAAAAUGGAGAGAAACACAAAGUAAAUAAACCCAGCUAUAGAAAUAGAAAAUGGAUUAUUAUUAUUAUUAUUAUUAUU